AGGUCUGCUGCCCCGCGGGGGCGGGAGGAACUGCUCGCGGGGUGCUUGGCCCCCGGGGCGCGUUCGGUUGCGCUGCGGGAGGGUUUGGUGCGGUCGGGCGGCAGGAAAAUGGCGCUGACACAGGGGACCAAGCGGAAAGUCUGUUACUACUAUGAUGGGGAUGUUGGAAACUACUAUUAUGGCCAGGGCCAUCCAAUGAAACCCCACAGGAUCCGAAUGACCCACAACCUACUGCUGAACUACGGCCUUUACAGAAAAAUGGAGAUAUAUCGCCCCCACAAAGCAAAUGCAGAAGAAAUGACCAAGUAUCAUAGUGAUGACUACAUUAAAUUUCUGAGAUCUAUUCGCCCUGAUAACAUGUCUGAGUACAGCAAGCAGAUGCAGAGAUUCAAUGUUGGGGAAGAUUGCCCGGUGUUUGAUGGGUUGUUUGAGUUUUGUCAGCUGUCUGCAGGAGGCUCUGUUGCCAGCGCUGUGAAGCUGAACAAGCAACAGACAGAUAUUGCUGUGAAUUGGGCAGGAGGCCUUCACCAUGCUAAGAAAUCGGAGGCUUCUGGCUUCUGUUAUGUCAACGACAUUGUCUUAGCCAUCUUGGAGCUACUAAAGUACCACCAGAGGGUGCUGUAUAUUGACAUUGAUAUUCACCAUGGAGAUGGCGUGGAGGAAGCCUUUUACACCACAGACCGUGUCAUGACUGCAUCCUUUCAUAAGUAUGGAGAAUACUUCCCAGGAACAGGGGAUCUGCGGGAUAUUGGUGCAGGCAAAGGCAAAUAUUAUGCUGUCAACUAUCCUCUCCGGGACGGAAUUGACGAUGAAUCCUAUGAGGCAAUAUUUAAGCCGGUGAUCUCUAAAGUGAUGGAGACGUUCCAGCCUAGUGCAGUUGCCUUACAAUGUGGAUCGGAUUCUCUGUCAGGGGACAGAUUGGGCUGUUUUAAUCUGACCAUCAAAGGUCAUGCCAAGUGUGUGGAGUUCGUAAAGAGUUUUAACUUGCCUAUGCUGAUGCUAGGAGGGGGUGGCUACACAAUCCGCAACGUGGCUAGAUGCUGGACUUAUGAGACUGCUGUGGCUUUGGACACGGAAAUUCCAAAUGAGCUUCCAUAUAAUGACUAUUUUGAAUACUUUGGACCAGACUUUAAGCUCCACAUCAGUCCUUCGAACAUGACCAACCAGAACACCAAUGAGUAUCUUGAGAAGAUUAAGCAGCGGCUAUUUGAGAAUCUACGCAUGCUCCCUCAUGCCCCUGGUGUCCAGAUGCAGCCGAUUCCCGAGGAUGCCGUGCAGGAGGACAGUGGAGAUGAAGAUGAAGAGGAUCCUGACAAACGCAUUUCAAUGCGCUCUGCUGACAAGAGAAUAGCCUGUGAUGAAGAAUUCUCAGACUCUGAAGAUGAAGGGGAAGGUGGUCGCAAAAAUGUUGCCAAUUUUAAGAAGUCCAAGCGCGUAAAAGCAGAAGAUGAUAAGGAGGAGGAGGAGAAGAAAGAUGAGAAAGAAGAGGAAAAAGCCAAAGAGGAGAAAGCAGAACCCAAAGGGGUAAAGGAAGAGACCAAAUCAGCCUAAGAUGACUGCAGCUGGACAAUACCUUUCAGUACAUAGUUACACGUUUGCUUCUCUGGUAGCCUCCCAUUCCACAGGAUUUAUAUUUUAUAUGUUUCUGUAUAUAUUUCUAUAUAAAUAUAUAAAUGACUUAAGAACUGUAAAUUAUUCCUUGCUGCAUUCCGCUGAGAGCAGAUGGGGAGGGUUCUGAGUAGACAGACCUGCACUAUUCAGAAUUAGUGACGGGGAAGUUUCACUCUUGCCUUCCACUGCCUCUCUGGUGUGUGGUUUUUAAAAUCAUUUUCCUCUUCUCUACCCUCUCUUUGAAAGAGCCCUUUUGGAGAAUACUGAUUUUUUUUUUUAAAUAUAAAGUAGAAAUAGUGUCUGACUUUCAGGUCAGGUGGAAAUAUGGCCAUGAAACUUUGGGAGAACUUUUGAGUUCCCAACUUAUGCCUGUGAGAGAAACUGCUCCUAUGGUCUUUGGUCCAAUUACACCAUAGUAAGUAACUGCAAGCUGAUGCCAGUUCUCAGGGUCAAAUAGUGCAGUUCUUGACUAAAGUUGGCUAUCUACCGCAGUGGAUUUGUGGAAGGAGUUGAAGCAGUUUGAAAGCAAAUAUGUAACGUUCCCUGGUGUAUCAGCCCAAGGUGCCCUGUUCUAAGGUAUAGAUCUGGAUAGCACAAAAUGAAAACUGCCAGCUAGCUGGUGUUUUAAAUAAAACUUUCUAAAGUGGAUUCUUUUAAGUCAAGUUAGGGUGGCAGCAUUAUACAUCUCAUAUGAGAGAGAAGGGCUCAAAAGAAUAUUUUUCUUCAUAUACCAAAACCCCUAUGUGGGGGGAAAUGCAUUACUGCCUAUUGUCCUCCUGCGUAGCUCUCCCUGCUUUUUCCCCCUCUCAACUUCCCAUGAUUACAUAAUGUGCAUUCUGAGUGCUGAUCUCGGUCCUAGACUGAAACCACUACAGAAAUCCCAAGUCAGCUAAAGACCAGCUUGUGAAGAGCCUGGUUGAAGCUGCUUGUCAAUGUGGCACUUGCUGAAAAUUCUCAUCUGAUGUGAAGCACAAAUGUUUUUAGAUAGGACCUUUCUCCUUGUUGUCCAGGCCAGUAACUGGGGGGAACCUUUUGAACCUGCAACUUAAGCUGCUCUCUUUGUAAUGGAACAGCAGCACCCCCUGUCGCUUGAGAACAGAACUGGCCUUUACCUUGCAUCUCACUUCUCAUAACUAAUCAUUGGAUGAGCUUUCUGUGAAAUGCUUCACUGAGCUCCAGCCUUGCAGAAGUUCUGCAGGCAGCUUUCACUUGCUGUUUUCUCAGGGGGAUACCUCUGUCCACUAGAGCAUCUGUACCUCCCACAGAGCGCUGCUGAUGGUUUCAACUCCAGUAAUGCUGCUAACUUAACACAGGUUAUUUUUAAAUGUUUUAUUUUUUUAAGUACUCUUCUCUUCCACCAUCUCUAGUCUCUUGAAGCUGACUGCAGCUCCUCCUGCUCUUUUACGUUUUUGUGAAGUGAGAGAUCGCUGUAUCUGUGUGUCUGGGGCGGGAAAUAUAUUGUGGUUUUUUAAAAGAUGCUUUUUAUUUUGAAAAUCUUUGUAAUAAAAAUGACACAUUUCUA